AUGAAUUACAAAAACCUUACUCCUCAAGAAAAUGAAUAUUUUGCAGAAAACGAACUUAUUCAAAUUAUCCCCAACUUCAAAGAAGAUUAAUUCCAGUUUAUUAGUGGCACUUUUGGACCAUUCAGGCCUGCUAAACCAGUUACAGUUCCUUUAUGGCUAGCUAUUUACUUGAAGUCUAGAAAUAAGUGCUCUAUUUAACUUCCUAAAUGGUUAGACUACUCUUGCCUCUUGACAAUAAAAAGCAUUGAAAAGGAGAUUGUAGCAGAGUUUAGUCCCGAUCUACCUUACUACUACUAUGAGAUAGCCACCUUGCUGUUUAACAACUGCUCAGAUGAAUUUUCAGGAGUAGGGCAAUAGUCAAGCAAUCUUUAGAAGCUAAAGUCUGUAAUUGAGGAUAUAUACGAAGUGAGAAAAGAAAAGCUACUUAAAUCAAUUAGGUCAGUUAAAGCUGAAGACACUCCAAUCAUGAACUUGAGUUCUAUCGGAGCAGUUGAGCUUAAUCAAGUCAGACCAGCAUUUUCCUCAGCUUACAGCAUUCUUUAUCAAAUGCAGAAUCUUAUGGAAUAGAAUGCAGAUGAAACAUAAGUUGUGUGA